GCGAAUGCAUUAUAUAAAUGCAGGUGUUUUGUGAGUGGGAUAACGUUCUGUGACUGUCAGAAGAUCUCAGAUUGUGUUUUUAUAUAGUCAGAGAUUGCUGUCUAACAAGAAUGACUAGUUGAUUGUUAACAGCUUCAACAGUUGGUUUGCAUUUUAAUUUGAAUUUUGCUUGCAAAAAAGACACGAGUUUGACAGUUGCAUUUCAUGAAAUAGAAUAAUUAGGUUUGCCUGUUCUAUCAUUCACUUACUUAUGAAAUGUAAUUUUUUACAUUUGUAAACAGCGGACUUUUCAAAUAAGAUAUAAAUGUGUUACAAGUAAGCAUCCAUUUGCCUGUAUUACUUGUAAAUUUUAAAUUGGAAAAGUGUGCGACUUUAAUUCAAAAGAUAAAACUGAGUGAUUUGUUUGGUAUUUAUAAUAACGGAAUAAUUUUAAAGGGCAAAAUUACAUUUAUAAAAAAAAUGAAAAUGACGAAUUGAUAUGAAAUAAAUAUUCCUUGCAAGGAAAAUUGUUACCAACAAGAUAUUUCGGUCGAUCAUUCCGUGUUUGAGAUAAAGUGCUACUCCUGUAGAAUUACUUAAGAAGUGAAGGAGUUUCAACAGUGUCUUCGUUAUUUGUUUGGUAACUGGGCUUGUCCCUGUAUUUUCCAUUGUUAAUGUAAAGCAUAUUGUGAAUUUACGGGAAAGAAUCUGACUGAAAAUGGCUUAUUUCCACAAUGAAACUAAAAACGCCUCGUCAAAUAACAUACCUUAUAUUUAUACCGGACUAGUUCAAACAGACAUGGUGGCUGGACUUGUAUUGGCACCCAACGCAACCUCGAAUUUCUCACAUUUUUUGAAUACCUCGAAUCAAACUGAGGGAAAUAUCACAGGCAAUGUUAUACCCUACUUUCAUCAGACAGAAGAGAUCAUAUUCCUCUCAAUCCUUCUGUUCUGCAUCGUGCUCGGAAACAGCAUCGUCUUGUUGGCUGUUGGACUGUCCAGGAGAAGACAUUCCAGGAUGCAUUUCUUCAUCAUGCAUCUUGCAAUUGCAGAUUUAUCUGUUGGUUUAGUGACUGUUAUGACUGACCUUAUCUGGAAGAUAACCAUCAAAUGGUAUCUUGGGGAUGUCAUGUGCAAGAUCGUCAAAUUCGCCGAGGCUUUUGUGAUGUUUGCAUCUACAUAUAUGCUUGUUGCUCUCAGCAUUGACCGGUACGACGCAAUAGCCCGACCGCUACAGUUUUCAGGAACUUGGACCAGAUGUAAGGUGCUCGUUGGAGUGGCAUGGAGUCUUUCAGCCCUUUUUGCAUCACCUCUGCUGUUCGUAUCCGGAGUCCCUGAAGGUACACAAAUGUGCUGGAUGUCAUUUCCGGAAGAAUACCAUUGGCUGAUCUGGUUUUUGUGCGUGAUGCUGGCAGUGCUGGUACUUCCUGCCUUAAUUAUCACAGCGUGUUACACCCUGAUUCUGUACAUCAUCUGGUCCAACAGUCAUUUACUGGCAUCAACUCAGCCCAAGAAGGUCUAUACUGCAGAGAAAAAGUUCCUCAUGCCACCACCCGAAACUGAAAACGGGAUUACCCAAAGGGCUUCACCAAAGAAAGUCAGAUCAAUGAGCGCCAAUAUCGGUCGUAGCUCUAGAGGCGUGAUUCCCCAAGCCAAAAUACGAACAGUCAAGAUGACCUUUACCAUUGUACUAAUGUUCAUCAUCUGCUGGAGUCCGUACUUCAUAUUUAAUUUACUGCAACUUCUACAUUAUGUACCCAACACGAAGGACAUGCACGCACUGGCUACAUUUAUCCAGAAUCUAGCUGCAUUAAAUUCCGCUGCCAACCCACUGAUUUACGGCAUCUUUAGUACAAGAAUCUGCAGAUAUUUAAGAAAGCCCAAACGAAGACAAACAAGUUUUACUAUGGAGACCGUGACACGACGUCGAUCAUCACGUAUAAUUCUAAAAAAACAAAAUGACAAUUGAGAGUAUUUCGAUGCAUAUCUGACCUAUUCUGUUGCCAUGACAACCCACCACUACGGCCAUCAGGUUUAUCCGAAUUUUCCAACUUCACGGACCCCGGCGAAUAUGGACGGAGAUCGACGAGAUAUAACGAUCAAAAUUGUCGGAGACAUUCGCGCUUUAUCGACAGCUCAAACUGUAAUCGGAGUAUGCCUCGGAGGUCUCCAUCCCCAAGAUGUUUGGACUCAAAUGACUUCUCAACUACUUCAAAUAGAGGAGGGUCAAACGUUGUUGAAAUGUGUGAUUAUAUUUAUAUCACUGUUCAGAGUGAAAGAAAGUUCACUUAAUCAUAUCAAACUAAACAUAUGGUAUCACUUUGUGUAAAUACAUAUAUUUAUUGUUAUAAAUAAA